GAGAGUGUUCAAGAGCUGAAGAACUUCAUCCUCUCUAAAGCUUCACAGUCUGCUGGGAUUAGUCUCUCACAGUUCAAAAGCAAAAUUCAUGACCUGUGGAAUGCCCUGUUGGACGAAAACUUUGUUUUCAGUUUCAAAAACACACUUGAAAUUGCAGUGUACAGAGAACUUGAGGUCCAGUAUGGGAACUGGACCUGGGCCCUGAGGUGCAACAUGUUGACCAUUGAAAGCCAGCUUUAUAACAGAAUAGAAAAUGGAAAACUUGAAAGUGUUAAGUAUAGUUAUCUUCUCGAGGAAAUUAGUAAAACAUAUACAAAGGUCAAAAACGAUAUGACAGCAUACUUUGAUGACAACAAAGAUAAAGAAAUGUUGGUUCAGUGGCGAGGCCGAUUUGAAAGUAAAAUCAAGGAGUUUCAUGAUGAACAAGUGAAAGGAGUUGAAAGAAAACUGAAUGAAAUAAUCAAGCAGAAGAAUGCUUGUAAAAAACUUGAUGAUACGAAGGCACAGUUUGAGAACAAGCUGCUUGAAAAGAGCAAAGAUCUCGCUCAUCAGUUAAAAGACAAAGCAACAGAAAAGGAACUUAAAAUACAGUUUGACUCUGUUUGGAGUGAAUGGGUUAAUGAAUUAACUGGAGACACAAAACCUAUUGAGGACAUCAACUUGGAAGAAGACCAAAUAUCCAUCCUUCAAGAGCUUUGUAUUGAAUGCUCCCUCAUAAAGGAAUCCAAAAGCAGUGGCAGCUACAAAAAUAUAUCAAUGGUCGGAAAUUACAUUGAUUAUGUAACCAUCACCAAACACAGAGAUCUGUGUAACACAGGCCAAAAUUUCUAUCAAGAUCAUGACGGGGAUCGUUCUAAUUCUCUAAACAUAUUAGUUGAUUUCUCUUCAGAAACAACCACAAAUAAAGAUAGCUCAAAGAUGGAUUUUCCGCAUGAAGAACACCGACUGAUCAGAUCCCUCAUUGAUGAUGUUGAAAAACAGUCCCUUGAUGCAAUUAAGAGUAAACCUGUAGCUACAAGAGGCUACAGCUCAACUUACUUGCAAGAAGUGGCCAAAAAUGUAAAAGAAAAGGUGACAGAAUUUGAAACAAAGAGGAAAUAUGCUCUGAAGAAGGAGUUUACAGUUGAUCUCUUACUGUAUGUAUUUGACAGAGCAGGUAGUUGGCUUUCAGAGUCCCACAGGAAAUUCAAAAUGAACAACGAUGCACUCAGUUAUUUGGAAAGCAAGAAAAAACAAUAUUACAACAUUUUCAGAAGCUUCUGCAAAGGAAACUCGUCUGCUGUUGUGCUUGGAGAACUGAUCUGUGAAAAACUGAAGAGUUCAACUGUUGAGGCUGUUUGUAACAAGACUGCCAUUGAUCUCGCUGGAGAGAUGAGGUGCAGUUUCCCAGCAUUCAAUGGGAACAGGUUGAACUUGGAGAAACACGUGUUGAAGUCACUGGCAGAAGAAGAGGACUUUAAUGGCUAUAUCACCUACAUCCGACACCCAAGGAGGCAAGUAGAGACUUUUAUAAAAGAAGAAGUAAAGAAAUAUAUCUUCAGAGAGAACAAAGAUAAAGCUGGAGAUAUGCUCAAGAAAAAUGUUGAGGACACCAAACAACUUGUGAGUCGAGCUUUAUUUACUGCAACAGAUAAAGUCAAAACCCAGAGAGGAGACAUAUACAUGUGGAUGGAGGAAUUUUCCAGUUUGCUAAAAGAUGAGCUAACAUUUGACACCAUUAGUUGUCAAAACUUCAGUGACAUAAACAAUUUUGACUUUCUUAAAGAAGAGAUUGAGAAAGGCCUUGAAUCCAUCAUGGAAGAGACAAGCAACAUCUCACUGGAUAAGAUGAAGGAAUUCAGACUGAAGCCUGAUCAAAUCCUCAUCGAUCAGCUGUGUAAGUGCUGCUGGGUAACGUGUCCAUUCUGUGCAGCUGUUUGUAUCAACACCUUAGAAGAUCACAAUCCUGAUGACCAUAGUGUGCCUUUUCAUCGCCCCUGUGGGGUCAGUGGUAUGCACACAAGAAACACAGUGGAACUGGUGAUCAAUUUCUGCACAACAAAUGUUGCAAGUGAUGGAAGGUUUUACACUGAUGGAAAUUCAGAGUCCAUUUCCUUUAAACAGUACCGAACUGCUGGCCCAAGAUUUGCUAACUGGAGCAUCACCCCUGACGGCUCUAAGCUGAGCUACUGGAAAUGGUUUGUAUGUCGAUUUCAAAAGCAACUUGAAGAUCACCAUAAAUUAAAAUUCUGUGGCAGUGGAGAAAUUCCCAGUGAAUGGAGAAACCACAGUAAACAAGAAGCCAUUAAAAGUCUGGAUGAAAUGUACAAUCUGUAGUGACCCAGAAACAACAAAACUUUACUCAAAGUAACAGAAGAACUGUUCAAAGGAAUUAGUUUUUUAUAAAAAUUUCAUCAAACAGACAUGUUAUUGUUUUAAGUUGUAUGAUUUUCUUAUAAAAUACU